CACUUUGAGGGGCGUUGGGUUUCCCUGAGGACCUUGCUGAAGUUUAGAACAGUCGGGGGUCUCACACCGGCACAAGGAAGAUCCAACCAUGUCGGACGGGGUGGUUAGUUUUCUGAAGGACUUUUUGGCCGGCGGUAUUGCCGCUGCCAUCUCCAAAACAGCUGUUGCUCCUAUUGAGAGAGUGAAGCUGUUGCUGCAGGUCCAGCAUGCCAGCAAACAGAUCACCGCAGCUACGCAAUAUAAGGGAAUCAUUGACUGUGUGGUGAGGAUUCCAAAGGAACAGGGCUUCCUUUCCUUCUGGAGAGGCAACUUGGCCAACGUGAUCCGUUACUUCCCCACCCAAGCCCUAAACUUCGCCUUCAAAGACAAGUACAAGAAGCUCUUCCUCGGUGGCGUUGAUCAAAAAACACAAUUCUGGCGCUACUUCGCCGGUAACCUUGCAUCUGGCGGUGCCGCCGGUGCCACUUCGCUGUGCUUCGUCUACCCUCUCGACUUCGCCAGAACCAGGCUCGCUGCCGACAUCGGCAAAGGCGCAGCCGAGAGAGAGUUCACCGGUCUUGGAAACUGCAUCAGCAAGAUCUUCAAAACCGAUGGCAUCAGGGGUCUUUACCUCGGAUUCAACGUGUCAGUGCAGGGCAUCAUCAUCUACAGAGCAGCCUACUUCGGAUGCUUCGACACAGCUAAAGGUAUGCUGCCAGAUCCCAAGAACACGCACAUCGUCGUCAGCUGGAUGAUCGCCCAGACUGUCACCGCUGCAGCUGGUAUCAUCUCAUACCCCUUCGACACCGUCAGACGUCGUAUGAUGAUGCAGUCUGGACGCAAAGGAGCUGACAUCAUGUACUCGGGCACAAUCGACUGCUGGAAGAAGAUCUUAAAAGACGAGGGACCCAAAGCCUUCUUCAAGGGUGCCUGGUCCAACGUGAUCAGAGGCAUGGGUGGCGCCUUUGUGUUGGUGCUGUAUGAUGAGAUCAAGAAGUACACAUAAUAAACUUUCUAAUCUCCCGGUCCCCGAGGAAGCCCUUCACUUUGUUUCAGUCUUAAUUCUUGUGAUAGAGUGGUAACAGCUUGUGGUGAAUUACAGUGUGGGCAUGUACAGGUACCUGACCCCAGGUAAACAUGCCUCCUCAUAAAUCUGUAUAUCUAUCCCAUCUAUGACGCACAAACAGUGUGACAAAGUCAAGCCGGUGUUUCAGUGAAGAAGUCGUGAAGGUGUUAGAGAUCUUGUCACUACCCAUCAUAUGUCAGAGUCAGUUGGCAAAGCAGUCCCUGAGGCCCCAUGUGUUGUUAUGGUGUGAUACCUCAUACGUCAUUUUAUUAAGAAUAAAGAUUUAUUAGUCUAAUA